AUGGUUCUCCCAAAAUUCUUCAAGUCACCAAAACCCGUCGACAAGAAGAAACACAAGGCCUCGCCGUCCGCAUCCUCGAUCGCGGACCAGACAGCAGACGCUCCCUCGCCGUCGACGACGACCUCGCUGCCCCGUCGCAAGACCGACACCGCCGAGCGCCCCCAGAGCACCUCGCUCGACCAACCGCCCGCCUACAGACGAGAGACCCCCGAGCUCUCUGAUCCCUUUGGCCCUCUGCCGCCGCCGCCGCAGUCGUCUUCGGCCCAGAGCAGCCCGACCAAGGGGCCUCACCGUCGGCUCAGCACCAGGCCGCACCCUUCGUCGACUCCCUCGUCCCCGACUUCCUCGCCGCGUGCGGCCUCCGCCUCUGCGUCGAGAAGCAGGCCCGCCCCCCGGCCGUCUACAACUGCUCCCGCAGCAGCAGGACCAGCAGCCGGAGCUGCGUCUGCCAGGUCCAGGCGAGAACUGAGCUCGUCUACUACUCCUAAUACCGCUGCUGCUACCGCCGCCGCCGCCGCCGCAUCGCCCGGACUCAAAUCAAAGCUGUCAAAGAAAGCCAGCAGUGGAGGCCGGUUUGCCCUUGAUCCCAACUCACAUCCGUUGAAUCUUCCCCCGGACGAGCUCCGCAGACUCUCAGCAAACAUGGCAGCCGCCGCAGCAGCAGCAGAGCGUGAUGAUACCCUGCGCAGCUCCAUGGAUAUCGACAGAGACGGUCCUUCUUCACCGUCUGGCCCGUCUCCUUUCUCAGCAGCCGGCACCACACCGUUGAAGCCCGAGGUCAACGGUACCGGUAACCACCCGCAGGACACUGAAGGAGUCCGACUCCCCCUCCUCACACUUCUCCACCUCCUCCGCCAGUUGAUCCGGAGACACACAGCUUGCGGGAACAAAUUCUCAAGCCGGUGA